UAAGAACCAAAACCUUAGAGAGAAAAAAAAAGCCUCUGGUUUUUGAGAACAUAAAAUGUACAAGACAUCAAAUUUGAGUUCAAUGUUUAGUCCAAAUUCUUUGCAGCCUAGGAUGUUAGUGAACAGGUUUUCAUGCACAUUGAAGAAUCAAAGUGUCAGAAUUGGACACUGCACAAAGGUACCUAGGAAUGUAAACAUGGAGAAACUGCAACAUGGUUAUUUAUUUCCUGAGAUUGAAAGACAUGAGCUUCUUCACUUAAAGAAGUAUCCAAAUGCAAAUCUGAUAGACCUUGGAAUUGGUGACACUACAGAACCUUUACCAACACUUGUAACAUCAAGCAUGGUUGAUGUAAGUUAUGAAGAUUCUUUCUGUUGA